CUCACGUACAGUGCCAGCUUCACUCAUUGAGUAUCUCUGGAUUUGGCUGGCAGAGGAGCUUAACACGCUCUCUUAGACAGGCACACUGGCUGAUGCUCAAUCCGUUUCAUCAAUGUGUAUGGUCAUAUUUGCUCCGAUUUUUGCUGUUUCAGCAUUUGCAACAUGUGGGGGAUAUACGGGACAGAUACUAGUUAAAGUACAAUGUGCGGACAAAACCCAAAACAAUAUCAGCAUCAGUUUCACCUACCCAUUCAGACUCCAGCAGGUACAUUUCAGUGCUCCUUUAUGUGAAGGUCCAAGGAAAGAGACCCUGUUUUUCGAAGGGGAUUACACUUCAUCUGCUCAGUUUUUCGUCACUGUGUCAGUCUUGGCUUUUCUCUAUUCCCUCUUGGCCACAAUAGUUUACAUCUUCUACCAGAACAAAUACAGAGAGAAGAACAGAGGUCCAGUAGUUGACUUCUUGGUGACAAUAGUUUUUUCUAGUCUUUGGCUGAUAAGCUCAAUUGCCUGGGCAAAGACUCUGUCUGGGGUAAAGACAGCCACUGAUGUGCAUCAGAUCCUGCUGUUAAUGUCUGCAUGUAGAGCCCAGGAGAACCUAUGCCAGGUCCUGCAAGAGCCCAUCUGGUCAAAUCUUAACAUGUCUGUGGCCUUUGGUUUUUUUAACUUCUUCCUUUGGGCUGGUAAUAUUUGGUUUGCCUACAAAGAGACAGGUUUACACAAGUCCACCCAGCGAUAUCCCUCCAGAACUCCCUCAGAGAAACGCAGCAGCUUCAGGCAAUACAGUCAAACCAGUUUUGAUCAGUCUGGAACUGGUUUUGGCCAGAGGCUCUACAACCAGGGGAGUUUUGACUUAUUGAGCGGAGGCUUCAGCCUACCCCAAACCAAUUUAAGACAGCCAGUGCUGUACCAACAGGUGGGAAGUCCCACAUCCAGAGGCCCUCUCAUAUCUGUUAAUGAGAUCUGAGGGUGUAGAAGAGAAAGGAAUAAAAAAAUCUGCCUACACUGAUGUCAGAUAAUUUGUGGUUGUGAAUUUGAUAUUUCUCAAAUGUGAUUGGAAAUUGUAAAAUCUUUGCAGAUAUCAGUCUGCAUAAGGUUAUUUAUUUGUUUGGAAGUCCUAAGAGAAAGUUCCACCGAUAUGCAGUACAUAACCUCUUUUGCAUCCUUAUUAUUUAUGUGUGAUAUGCAAAUUAACAAAGUAACUAACAAACAAACAAAACAAAAAAAAUAGCAUUGUCUCAAAUAUGGGUGUUGUUUAGAUUCAGUAAUACUUAUGCAGUAUUUGAAUGUGUUUUAAGUGCAGCAUGUCUACAUCCUAACAGUUUACACUAUCUGUUUAAAUAUUUCCCUUAAAAAAUACUGUAAUAAUACUAUAAUACUAUGAUAUACUGUAUGCCAUGGUACUGUUUGAUAACCAUAUUCAUAUACCAUGGUAUUUACGUGGUACUCCAAGGUCCUUCAAAGAAUACCAUUGGAAUUACUAUAUAGUGUCCAAAACAUGGUAAUAUCUUGUUUAAGUGUUAUACCAAUGUGCUAAUAACAUAGUAAUACCAUGUAAAUACAUUUUGUUAUCUUGUUCUUGUUUCUUGUUCUGUUUGUAUUUUCAAGUUAUAUAAAAGUCAAACAGAACAUUUUGUUAUGUUCUGUUAUCAAUAAUGAUUAAUUACCAGUAGACGGUUGGGAAAAGCAAUGUGGCUUGAGUCAGAGAGAGAUAAGCACUGAUUUAGGGCCCUCCAGUUGGCAUGAAAUCCUGAAAGCCGAGGGUGAUGUCCAGUCAGUGAUCUUUUCAAUGAAUCUUUUUGUCUAACCACACACAGCGUUCAGUGCAAGGCAUGCAUAAGUAUGAGUCUCUCCGACAAACCCCAAUGCAUUAAUAUCAGGUAUAUAGUUCCAGUUUAUUGUGAAAUUAAAAAUUGCUCAAACAUUACUAUGUAAACUGAUUGCAUUUGUGUUGAUCAUCACUGCAUCUUAUAAUUAAGCAAUAAAAUUAUACU